GGAUAAAACAUAAUAGCGUCUUAAAUCAUUUUAGGCUUAAAGAAAAUAGCGAAAUAAUUCCUUUGUCGACAGCGGUAUCGUGAAAGAUAAGGAGAGAAGCGGGAUGAAGCAGGGGAAGCAACUCCUACAAUUGUAUAGUGGAGAGAUAUUGGUUAAUAAGCCGUAAGGGGAGGCAAACAAUACUGUUAUGUACAUCACAAUAAAGGGUAUCCUAUUUUGAUUAUGACCAACGUGAUUAAGCUAAUUUGGAUACUCAGCGUCCUGGCUGCAUUUGUCCCAGAGGUGUCAAACACUAAACAACUGUCGUGUCCAGCGAUCACCGAGAGCCCCAACACCUCGUACAAGUACAUUCGGGACAACAUCGUCAACUUCAGUUGUAGUGAGCAGGAAGGCUACAAGCUGUAUGGCCCGCGUAUACUCGUGUGUCUGAAGAGUGGGAAGUGGAACCACCAGCAACCGGUCUGUGUAAAAGAAGGAUGUCCACCGUUGCCGGAAAUUGCCGGUCUCCAAUACUCCUCCCAUCCCAUAUAUCCAAACGCUGUAAUCACACUGACCUGUGGUGUCGGCUACAUUCGGGAGGGGCCGCCUACUCUACUCUGCAUUGGCGGCAGUUGGAAUGACGUCAUUCCCACGUGCGUAAAAUUUGAGAAUGAGGAAACCACAUGUGACUUUGAGGAGCGGGACCAGUGUGGGUGGAGUCAGGACAAUCAGGACAAGCUGGUCUGGAUGUUGUGGUCUGGUCCCACGAGAACCAACAUGACAGGACCCCAAGCUGACCACACCCUGAACGACACCUCAGGCACGUACCUGACGGUAGACAAGACUUUCUUCUCAGAGCCGGGCGACACAGCGUGGCUCCUCUCACCGUGGUACAGUCCUGUUUCACUCGCCACCAUGUGUUUUAGCCUGUACUUGCACAUGUUUGGAGAAGACAGCGGCAAUUUUAGUGUCUACAUCAAACCGGAAACAGUUUCUGUGACAGAGCUUAACGAGACACUUCCGAUUUUCUUCCUGACCGGAAACCAAGGCGACCAAUGGCAGCGUGUCAAUUUUACCGUUCCCCCCCAAUCUACGUCCUUCCAGAUUGUUAUUGUGUCGACCUCUGUUGGAAAUGGAAUUUACGGAGAUGUGGCAAUUGAUGACGUCACUUAUGCUGAGUGUAGUAAAUCUGAACAUGAAGUAUCGAAAUGGAGGCGAACACCAACACAAACUCCAACCAUACCGCCUCUCCAAGACACCACAUCACUCCCCGAAACACCAUCACCAGCUAAUGCUACAGCAACACCAUCCACAUUCAGCGCAACGAACGACAGCACAUCACCACCAUCGACCCCAACGGCAUCUUCAGUCAACCCUGGAUCUGCCUCAUCUACGAACACAACUGACGCUGAUAGUUCGGGCAGAAAUUUGAAUUCUACUAGUACAAAGCCCGUUGGGCAAACGGGGAAAUUCACGAACAUUGCGGCGAAAUCCGAGGCAUCUAACGAGGGACCUGUAGCGGAAUCCCUGGCGUUUAAACUGAGUAUCGGUAUUAGUUUGCCUCUUGUAUUAAUUAUAUUUAUAGUUAUUAUAAGCAUCAUCAUUUGUAAAAAACGUAGAAGACAUGCACUUACGGAUGGAGAAGUAAAUCGUGAAGGAACUGGACAUUCACCGGCACUUGAAGAAAUAAGUCUAGUCGAAAUAGACAAAAGUAAUUCGUCACAAAGAGAUGAAAGUCAAGUUCCGUUAAAUAUUCAGCAAGAAACAGACUGUGUUUAAACACUGAGCAGCAUGCAACAGGCUGUGUUUAAACACUAAGCAGCAUGCAGCAGAUUUAGUUUAAACACUGGUUUGAAUGCUGUUGUAUUAGGUUGAAAUGUGUCUCAAUACAAAUACAGUCGGCGAGGUAAAAAAAUCCGCAACUCGAAAGUCGAGUUUUUGUGACGUCUGUAUUACCUUAGACUAGACCAAGACAGGCCUUUGUGCUGGUACCUUAGGGAGGAUUUGGUCUCAAAAUAUCCUAAAUGCCCUAAAAGGAAAGUCCAAGAAGGACGAGGAUGGUUUACGUGAAAGUGUACUGGAUAACUUAUUAAUAAAAAAAAACAUGACAAAAUAAGUAUAAAAUAUAUAGAAAAAAAAAAGAAAUUCCCCGCAUUUCUUAAAAAAAAAUGUUAUCGUAAUCUAAACUACAGAAAGUAAAUUAAUCGUAUUCCGUUUUAAUCAAAAGACUGCUCGUAACGAUGAAUAGUUAUUUUUUUAACGCAACAAGAGAACUUGAUCAGUUACCUCUCAUAACAAACAACAUGUGUUUUAUUCUUUGUUUUGAUGCGUUUCCUACUCGAUCCAGAAAGAAUAUUUGUCUAAUGGUUAAGGCAACGUAUAUUUAAUUUAUAAUUUUAGUAAGUGAUACAUUUCUGCAAGUUCCAUGAAAAUAUACGCCCACAAGGCAUUGUUUUUAUAUUACUAUACUUUUUUGCAGUAUUGGAUAUCUAAUAAUCCUGCGGUUGUGUCGCCUAAAAAAAGUGCCAAACUUGUCCGUUUAUAUAAAGUAGAAGGUUUUUAUUUCACAUACAUAAAUGUUAUAAAUGAAAAAAAACCCCACACUAAUAUAUAGUCUUUUAAUCUUUUUGUGAACCUAUUGAAGUUAAUUAACCACUCUAAGUUACAUUAGCAUAAUUUAUUCGAAACAUAAAGCUAAGUUGCGAGACGCACUGAUACCUAUGUUUGUAUGGUCUAUGUGUAGAUCGCACGCGGAAUGCAUAUUAAAAUUCGUAGACUAGGCAAACCGAUACUACAUUUUCAAGGAUCACUAAAGUUGCUCUAACCCUAGCUGAAACCACAAUCCUGACUUUAAGAAUAAUCAUACUAUAUUUAUCUUUUACAUUUAUGUAAAACCAAAUGUCACUAUGUACUUAAUUUUAUCUUUGCAUCAAACUUGCCAUUUGUUUAUUUAAUGCAUACAAAUGGGAUUAUUUUAGCUAUGCUUCAUUAUCUCCGAUCCAUCAAUUUUGUUGAAUACUACACAAUAAAUUUGUUAUUGAUAACUAUAGAGCUCAAUGAAAAGGUGACCCAGAUAGAUAACGGAAUAAUCUCAUGAAGAUUUAUAUAGAUUUAAAUCGAGCGCUGUAUAAAACUAUCAGUAGACCGUGUAGUUGGCGUUAUAGGGUCAUCUCAACCACACAUAAAGGAAUGUCUUUGUUGCGGGGUGGGCAGUGGGGUAGACACACGAUGUGUAGUAACAGUGACACGUUCUCAUUAGUCCAGCAGGUUGAUGUUUGGAGGUGUUGGUGGAGGGGCAAGACGGUAGUCCAUAUUACACACACUGGUCUAACAUUUUAUU